AUGUUUAUCUAUACACCUUUACUACUUUUUUUGUCGGCUCUCUCGACUACAGCCAUGGGUGACCCGGAAAUCUAUUCAGCACAAAUCACACCAGCCCCUACCACUCUUGAAAGCCUCGUCCUCCGUGAUACUACUGAGGCUACAACUACUACAUAUCGUGAUCCCCCUGACAUUGUUAGCGUCGAGCCAACACCCUUUCCUUCCUUCUGCUGCUCUUAUAACACUAAGAAAGUAUCAGAUUCUCUCGUUAACGGAAGCUACGUUCUCAACUUGAAUGGUUUUGGAAACACAGAUUCGUCCCCCGCACACUCGAGCAAGAGUACGGACCUUGAAUGUGUCCCUAGCCUCAAAAAUGCGAUUGAUGAAGUUUUUAUGUCAGAAGGUGGAUAUCAAAAGUCACUUUGGUGUUAUCCAAGCUAUGGGGGUGUAAAUGAUACAUAUGUUGUAAUAGAUAUGACAGCUCACCCUGAGGAUCAAGGAGCAGCUCUCCUAGAAGUUUUGAGAAAAUGGGCCCCAGGCUGGGCGGCGCCAAGCGUGGCAGCAGUGCCAGGCUCGGAACCAACACAAUGGAUGGAUCCUCGAACUCUUAUUCCGGAUGAUGCAACUUGUCAGAAGGGUGGUUCAUGCUCUGGUCAACAAGUGAGAUUUUACUAUUCAUUCCCUUAA